AUGGCCAGAAAAACGGUUGAACAUGGCCAGAAAAACGUCUCACCUGAAAUUGUGGCGUGGGCCGAACCAAGAGCGUUGAAAACAGCAAGUUGCGCCACAGCCGUCGGAGAAGUCGCAACAUGCUCUGAGAUGCGGACAAUAGGCGAUUCCGUAACUGAGACAGCAGGUCCAGAAGGAGAACCCGAUGGGACUGCGUGGACACCAGGCACUGGAGUUGCUACAGUUUGCAGGCGUCGAGUCACUUCUGCGGUUACGGAGCUGACGAUCUCUUGGAGCUGUUGGGGCGUGAUAGCCGAGGCUGGAGCAAGAGGAGCAGCUGUUGCUGGCCGAGGAGAACUGGACGAAGGAACCGUCGUGGUUGUUCCUGAGGCACGGGGCGCUCGAGCGCGAUGGGAACGGCGUGCUGGUGGUACGGCUGCCGAUACUGGUCGCUGA